GCUCCGCAGCUGUCCAGCAGCCGUCGCCCCGUGGAGCUCAUCUCUUUCUCCGUUUAGCAGAACCCGACAGAUCCCCCCUCAGUGAGCCUUUGGGGUUACCCAGAACAGGAGCUGAACCCAGCAGAGCUGGAGCUCCGUUCCCCGGUCUAGAGGAGAACAGAAGCAGCUGCACAUGCGACUCCAGAACGGCUUUCCGCCUGGAUUCUGCGCCUGGAUCGAUGUGAUUCCCGGAGGAAAGUAAAGAUGGCAGCCGUUAGCCCCUCCCGGACCCCGUAGUUUGAGGGACAGAUCUUCUAGGAGUCUAUCCUGCAUCUCCUCUCCCUGAGGAAGCCAUGUCUGCAGCUCAGACCCAGAAGGAGAGCAGCGAGGCCGGCUGGGGAUGCCUGGAGUCUCUGGGUCUCAGUCAGAGGGAGCUGGUUCUGGCUGAGGCCCUGCAGAUGGAGUACGAUGCUCUCUCUAGACACAAGCAGGACAAGAGUGGGACCGGAACCAGCCACACAGACCCUGGAGCUCCCAGCCAGACCAGCUCAAAGACUCCAUAUCCGUCUGUUGAUCAAACCCGACCCAUACCCGCCCAGAACCUCCCUGACCCCUCAGAAGGGAACCUGCUGCUGGAUCUCUCCGGAUCAGAUUCCUCACUGAACCAGCAGGGAGGGUCCCAGUUUCCACUGCCCCUCCCACCCAGGCCCCUUCCUUCUCAAGGGGUGUUCAUAAAAGAAUCCCCCUACAUCCUGGACCGUCCUGAAGUCAGUAAGUUCCGGGACUUAUCUGGUUCCAACCCGGGGGACUCUUUUGGACCCGGCUUAGGGUUUCUCUCUAAAGGCUCUAUGCUCCCUGACGACGUCCCCCCCGCCAUCCCACCCAGACACCCCCUGCCUCCUCCGUCAGGGUCAGAGAUCCCCCUCUUGCCCCCCAGACCAUCCACAACCCCUCGAGAUGUGAACCUGUUCCAGCCAGAUGUGGACCAGUUAAAAAUGACCCCCGCAGAGCUAAACUAUGACAUCAUCAACGACUCACUAUCCAGACUCAAUGAGGGCAGACCAGCACCUCCGGCUCGGCGUCCCAACGGGGACCAAGCGGGGAAGCCUGUGGCCCGCAGUAAGACCCUCCCCCCACAGGUGCCUCCUAGAACCUACAUACCUGCACCUAAGAGCUGCAAGAACCAUCGGAGGGUUUCAGCAGACCCGGUCAGUUUGGGCUCCAGAACCAACGGGUUUGGAUAUGAGCUGUUCCAGGUGUCGGAGGAGCGAGACGAGGAGGUGGCAGCGUUCUGUCACAUGCUGGAUGUCCUCCGGUCAGCGUAUCCAUGCAGCGACCCCUCGAAGAACUCUGGCUUUGUCUGGUCUCCCUCUGUCGGGCAUGGUGAGCUGCACCAGGCUCUAGGAGUGGGAGUGAAGGUGACAGUGGUCAGCGAAGACUUCAGGGAACCUCUGACCUUCACCUGUGAUGGUUCGUCCACAGUGGACCUGCUGAUCUAUCAGACACUCUGCUUCACCCAGGACCACCUGGACCACCUGGAUGUGGACGACUACCUGCUGAAAGUUUGUGGACAGGAGGAGUUCCUCAGCAACUCGCAGACUCUGGCCGGGCUGGAGUUUGUACAACAGUGUCUAAAGUUCGACUGGGACAUCCGGCUGUUUCUCACCAAGAGAUCGAUGGUCAACACAGAGCUGGCCCGCACGAAGGAAGAUGAUGACUCCCCGUCCUCCAUGAAUCACUGCAUCCUGCUGCAGGAGCGUCCAAUUAAACAGACCGUCACCAGGGAGGCUCUGACAUUGCUGCUUGACACGUUUCACAAUGAGGCCGAGUCCUUUCUGCUGUCAGAGGCGGAGUUGCUGCUGCACGUGGAGCGCCUCGUCCAAUCAGUGAAAGCCCUUUGCAGCUCAUUAGCUGCCGUGGAAACUCCGGAUGUGACGGCAGCCUUGAACCAGCUCCCUGCGUGUCCCUGUCGUCUGCAGCCAAAAGUUCUGAAGGAUGCAUCAGUGCUGUCACUCAGAGAGAACAGAGAAUCGGUGGUGGAGAAGAUCACAGCAGCCAUCUUGGACCUGGUGGAGCUGUACUGCAGCACAUUUAACGCCAACUUCCACACCACACAGCAGAGUCAGAGCUGCACGGCACCGGUGCAGGAGGCCGGGCUGGUCACCAACGUGCUCUCCUUCAAUGUGUACGCCGCCCACCGGGUCCCCAUCACCUGGGCCACCAGUUAUGAAGGUUUCUUCCUGUCCUGCUCUCUGACUCAUGGAGGGAUGGAGCUCUGUGCGCCGCAGCACACCAGCAAACAGGGUGUCAGUAAAUAUCUGUUCCACCUGGUGGUGUGGGAUCAGAGGGUGUGUUUCCCAGUUCAGAUCAACCAGCUGCCCCGGGAGUCACAGCUAACCGUGACACUGUACGCCAGCCCACUGCCGCCCCCUGGAGGAGCCGAGGAUAAGGGCAAACAGAGACGCAGUGUUGAGGCUCUGGGCUGGGUCACCAUGCCGCUCUUUAACUUCAGACACGUCCUGACAUGCGGCAGGAAGUUAUUGGGUCUGUGGCCUUCAAUGCCAGGGAGGAGCGGAAACGCCAGAACCAGUUGUCCCAACUUCAGCCAGCCAGACAGUGUCAUCCUGCAGGUGGACUUCCCCACGUCCUCUUUCGAGGUUUUCUUCAGUACUCCUGCUCCAGCAGACUUCUGUCCUCAGUAUGAAUUCAGCAGACUGGACACCGUCGGUCAAAUCCAGCUGCAGGACGUCCUGCAGAAGAAGGCCUUCUUCUGGUUGACUCCGGAAGACAAGCGGCUCCUGUGGGAGAAGAAAGCCUUCUGUCAGUCAGAAAGUUCAGCCCUGCCUCUGGUUCUGGCAAGCGCCCCCUGCUGGCAGUGGACAUGUCUGCCUGAGAUCUACGCUCUUCUGCGUCAGUGGGCAUGUCUGGGUCACCUGGACGCUCUGGGCUUGCUGCAUGCAUCAUUUCCAGAUCAGGAACUAAGGAGGACGGCGGUCCAAUGGAUGGACUCCAUAUCAGACCCGGAGCUUCUGGACUUUUUGCCUCAGUUGGUUCAGGCUGUGAAGCACGAGUGUUACCUGGACAGCUCUCUGGUCCGGUUCCUCCUACGGAGAGCCAUCGGGGACAUUCGGAUCGCUCACUACUUAUUCUGGCUGCUGAAGGACAACCUACAGGACAGUCAGUUUAGCGCUCGCUAUCAGCACCUACUGGCCGCUCUUCUUUGCUGCGUGGGCCGAGCUCUGAGGGACGAAUUUGACCGGCAGUGCUGGAUGGUCUCCAUCCUGACCAAGGUUGCCCAGAAGGUUAGAGACGCCACACCUUCUAGCAGACAGGCGGUUCUGAGAGAAAGUCUGGCGGAGAUGAAGCAGUUCUUCUCAGUGAACAGCACCUGCAGACUUCCUCUGAACCCAGCACUGCUGGUCUCAGGAAUCAACAUCCAGGCCUGCUCCUUCUUCAACUCCAACGCAGUCCCUCUAAAGCUGUCCUUCCAGAACCUGGACCCCCGAGGAGACAACAUUAAUGUCAUCUUUAAGUCAGGAGAUGACCUGCGGCAAGACAUGCUGACCCUACAGAUGAUCCGAAUCAUGAACAAGAUCUGGAUCCAGGAAGGGCUGGACAUGAGGAUGGUGAUCUUCAAGUGCUUCUCUACGGGCAGAGGACGAGGAAUGGUGGAGAUGAUUCCUCACGCUGACACACUGAGGAAGAUCCAGGUGGAGCAUGGAGUCACAGGAUCCUUCAAAGAUCGGACGCUGGCCGACUGGCUGCAGAAACACAACCCCACCGAUGAGCAGUACGACAAGGCGGUGGAGAACUUCAUCUACUCUUGCGCCGGCUGCUGCGUGGCCACCUACAUCCUGGGAAUCUGCGACCGGCACAACGACAACAUCAUGCUGAAGACCAGCGGCCACAUGUUCCACAUCGACUUCGGGAAGUUCCUGGGACACGCCCAGAUGUUUGGAAACAUCAAACGGGACCGCGCCCCCUUCGUCUUCACCUCCGACAUGGCGUACGUUAUCAACGGAGGGGACAAACCUUCCAGCCGCUUCCAUGAAUUUGUGGAUUUGUGCUGCGAGGCUUACAACCUGAUCCGGAAGCACGCACACUUGUUUCUCAACUUGCUGGGCCUGAUGCUCUCCUGUGGGAUUCCUGAACUGUCUGACCUGGAUGACCUGAAGUACGUCUAUGAUGCUCUGAGACCUCAUGAGUCUGAAGCUGAUGCCACCAUGUAUUUCACCAGGCUGAUCGAGUCUAGUCUGGGCAGCGUCGCCACCAAACUGAACUUCUUCAUCCACAACCUGGCUCAGAUGAAGUUUGCAUCAUCAGAGGACCGGCCCUCGCUAUCCUUCGCUCCCAGAGUGCACACGGCGAGGAGCGACGGCAUCAUCAAAAACCUCUACAUCUACAAACACAUGCGCAUUGCUAAUAAGGGAUACGUGUUUGUGGUGAAAGUGGAGCGUGAGGGUCAGGAGGUGCAGCUGGUUCAGAGGACAUUUGAGGAGUUCCAGGAACUUCACAGCAGGCUGAGGCUCAUCUUCCCAUCAUCCAAACUACCCAGCUUCCCGAGCCGGUUUGUAAUUGGCCGUUCCCGCAGCGAGGCGACGGCGGACAGGAGGAAGGACGAGCUGAACGGCUACGUGUGGCACCUGAUCCAUGCGGCGCCGGAGGUGGCUCAGUGUGACCUGGUCUACACCUUCUUCCACCCUCUGUCCAGAGAUGAGAGAACCACAGGAAGUAGCAUUAAACCAGCAGAGGUAGCCUGGUCUCCAGCUGCAGGAACGGAGCUCGGCGAAGUCAAACUGUCCAUUUCCUACAAGAGCGAUAAGCUGUUCAUCAUGGUGAUCCACAUCAGAGGCCUGCAGCCCCUCCAGGAUGGUACAGACCCAGACCCGUAUGUGAAGCUCUACCUGCUGCCAGACCCACAGAAGAUGAGUAAGAGGAAGACCAAGGCGGCAAGACGCACCUGUAACCCCACCUACAACGAGAUGCUGGUCUAUGACCGGAUCCCCCAGGGGGACCUGGACCAGAGGGUGAUCCACCUGAGGGUUCUGAGCGACGGUUCCUUCUGGGAGAACACGCUGCUGGGGGAGACCUUCAUCCCCUUGACCAGGCUAGUACCGGGUCAGCACUGGGUGGACUGGCACCAACUGGGUCGAGGGGGCUCAGACUCCACCCACUGAGAGACGGGAAACCGAGGGAUGUCCUCUCAAAGUAAAAGCUGCUGAUUUCAGGACUGAAACAUGAUAAAUGUGACGUUUUUUCAUCCCAUCUGGUCAAUCAAGAACAUUUCAGAUAAUUUAAUGUCAGGUUUGACUGAAGAUGGACUAACUGGUUUAACGUGAAUCUGUCCUGCAACAUGAUGGAACUGCCGGUAAGCGGUUCUGGCUUAGGAUGCAGAAACAUCUUUAUCACACUGCUCUCUGGCUGACUAACACCAGUCAGAACCAUUACAUAACCAGCUGGAUUUUCAGAAGAAGAAAAAGGGACACAGAUUUAGGGAGACCCUUUCCCAGUUUUCUGCCAGUAACAAGCUGGUGGUUCAUUGAAUGAAUUAAUUUUUAUCUACUUAGAAUAAAGCAGAAAUCAGCUAGAGUCCAAGAGUUUGGAUCCUCUGGGGUCAGCUAGUGCUCUGCUGAUCCGCCUCUCCCUUGAUCCGGUUUUAUGGCCUUUCUGGGAUAUUUGAUCUCUUUUUGUGCGCUGUGGACCAGAUGAAUGUGGCAGCUGCAGGACUCAGGCUGCCCUGGCUGUAGGACUCGGUCUGCCCUGGCUGCAGGACUCAGGCUGCCCUGGAUGUAGGACUCGGUCUGCCCUGGCUGCAG